AUGGUAGGGAAACCUCUAAAGGCUGACAGAACAACAACCAAUAAGGAACGGCUAGCAUUUGCUAGGGUGCUAGUUGAAGUGUCAACAAAUCAGCAAUACCCUACACAAGUCAUGUUUGAGAAUGAGGUGGGGAAAAUAGUGAAGCAAGAGGUGUACUAUGAAUGGAAGCCUACAUUGUGUCCAAAAUGUAAGAAUUUUGGACAUGAAAUGCAAGAAUGUAGGAAGUUGCACAAGGAAGAAGCAGAAUUGCGAGGAAAACAAAUUGAGAAGGAGAAACAAGCAGGGGAGGAAACUACUCAAGCAGUGGGGAACAAAAAGGGAGAAAACAAAAUUAGUGACAAGGUGACAAGGAAGCAACCAAAUGAAGACAAUGCAAUCCCUACAAAGAAUGCAAUUGUUUUACCUGACAAGGAAAUCCCUACAAAGAAUGCAUUUGAUGUAUUUGACAAGGAUAUGAAUAUAUAA